GUUGAAUCUUGUACCCGCAUGAAAAAGUAACGUACACAAAAAUACGACACGUGUAUACCACGCUACGUAGCGUGGUGACAUGUGUAUAUGAAGUUGACACAAUGUUGAGUUGAAUACAGUUGUAUGUGCCACUACACUGGUGAAACACUAAAAUGGCGGAACAUGUGACAUUAGUUAGUAAACGUGAGGUUUCGGAUGAUUCAAAUGAUCAUCAUUCAUCCGUGACAAAGCCAAUGUGCAAAUAUGGCAUGAAAUGUUAUCGUAGAAAUCCAUCACAUUUUGAGGAGUACAGUCACCCAGAUGAUUUUGAAAAAGCUGGUUCUUCAUCUAAUCAAUCCAAUAAGCGAAGAAGAUCAGAUGAACAGCCAUCUUCUCAUCUUUCUUGCAAGAAGUCCAGAACAGAAGAUGAGUCACCUCAAUCGAAGAAGUCCAAAACACAGUCCAGCACAUCAGAAAAGAUGUCACCGUAUGAAAAUUACAUUGAAGCUGCACCUUUGAAUUUUUUUUUAACAAAAGUGUUUGGUAUUCCCAAUCACUAUAAUAGUUCACUUGCUGUAGGUAUAAAAGAUAUUUUAUCAGCAUCCAUGGGUAACCUUAUCUCUUCUGCUCAGUUUAAUUACAUGUUUGAUAUUCCUUGGCUUGUACAGCAAUAUCCAGAACAGUUCAGAUCUAAACCACUGCUUAUUAUACAUGGAUCUCAAAGAGCUGAUAAAACAACAUUACAUGAGAAUGCACAUAGAUAUCCUAAUAUUACAUUGUGUCAAGCAAAGCUGGAUAUAAUGUAUGGAACACAUCACAGUAAAAUGAUGUUUUUACUUUACGACAAUGGUAUGAGAGUCGUCAUUCAUACUGCUAAUAUAAUUCAUAAUGAUUGGUAUCAGAAAACACAGGGAGUAUGGAUUAGUCCACUAUUUCCCAAGCUUGCCAGUGAUCAAGAUCUCUCGCAGGGUGAUUCAGUAACCCAGUUCAGAAAAGAUUUGUUAGAAUAUCUUGGUGCGUAUGGUACAAAUAAACAUCUACAGGAAUGGCAGGAAACUAUUCGUCAACAUGACAUGUCAUCUGCAAAGGUGUUCAUCAUAGGAUCCGUUCCAGGAAGACACACUGGCGCUAGUAAAAUGAAAUGGGGACAUCUAAAAUUACGAAAGGUUCUUCAAGAACAUGGUCCUGAUGGAUCAACAGUCAAAGAUUGGCCAGUGAUUGGACAAUUUUCAAGUGUGGGCUCCUUAGGAAGUGGUCCUGAGAAUUGGCUUUCUUCAGAAUGGCUCGAAAGUUUAUCUACCGUACAGGCAAAUGGUAUAGUUAAAUUGUCAAAACCAAAACUAAACUUGAUAUUUCCAUGUGUUGAAAAUGUACGCAGAAGUUUAGAAGGGUAUCCCGCUGGUGCGUCACUACCGUACAGUAUAAAAAAUGCCAGGAAACAACAAUAUUUUAAUACUUUCUUACACCAGUGGAGGGCAUUUAGUAGAGGUCGCAGUCGCGCAUCUCCUCAUAUCAAGACAUAUACACGGAUAUCGCCCGAUGCACAAUAUUUAGCGUGGUUCAUUGUUACCAGUGCAAAUUUAUCAAAAGCAGCAUGGGGUGCGUACGAAAAGAAUAAUUCACAGUUAUUUAUCCGAUCGUAUGAAAUUGGUGUCCUGUUUGUACCUUCUAAAGUGGAAGAAAACCUGAAAUUAUUCAAUGUUCAAGGAGUUGACAGUUCAAAGGAUUCCAUGUUAUUUCCAUUACCAUGGGAUGUACCACUCACUUCUUAUACCCAGACGGAUCGUCCAUGGUUAUGGGAUAUUGCUUAUACUGAUAAGCCAGAUAGCCAAGGCAACAUGUGGUGUCCAUCUUGAUUAAGCUCAAUUAACCAAAUUUAUUCAGUUGGUUAUUUUUUUCUCUGCUGAUAUUGCAAGGAUGUAUAUCAAAACUGC